CAUCAAUCUCUGCUCAAAGACAAUCAUUAUGAAAUUUCGUUUAUCAAUUUCAUCAUCCUUUACUUGGGUCAUAUGCUCCUUAAAAAAGUCCAGCUAUUCUUCAAAAUCAAAUAUCGACAUUUCCCUUGGCACUUCUGUUGAGGUUCUAAAAUCUAUUGUACACAAUUUGUUAGACUCGAUUGAACUGCUCCCUUGACAACGCUAAAAGCUCGCAUGAGAAUCUGGCAGAUUGAUUUUUUUUAACCAUUCAAACGUACAGAUGUUAAGAUAUAACCUCUUCCACGUCUCACUUAAGCAUCUUUGCUGCACCAAAAAUUUCUCUAUAUAUUGAAACCUGCCUAGAUCCUGACCAAAAAUGCUGGUAAAAUUUUGGAAAAGAAGGAAAUGCAAGUAGUGAAGAAUCUCGAUAUCAAAAGGUACAUGGGACGAUGGUAUGACAUAGCUUCUUUCCCAUCAAGAUUUCAGCCCAAAGAUGGAAUGAACACAAGGGCUACAUAUACUUUAAAUGAAGAUGCAACUUUGAAUGUGCUGAAUGAGACUUCGUCUGAUGGGAAGAGAGCAUACAUUGAGGGCAGUGCCUGCAAAGCUGACCCCAGCAGCAAUGAGGCCAAGCUCAAAGUGAAAUUCUAUGUACCUCCUUUCUUGCCUAUAAUACCAGUUGUUGGAGAUUAUUGGGUUUUAUAUAUAAAUGAUGAUUACAAAUAUGCUUUGGUUGGCCAGCCUAGCAGGCAGUAUCUUUGGAUAAUAUUACGCAGGGAGAAUCAUAUUGAUGAUGAGACAUACAAUCAGUUGGUGCAGAAGGCUAAAGGUGAGGGGUAUGAUGUUAGCAAGUUGAAGAAGACAAAACAAAGUGAGCCUCCACCAGGAGAUAAAACCACCCCCGAGGACACCAAUGGCAUUUGGUGGAUUAAAUCCAUCUUGGAAAAGUAGGAAUCAAUCAGUUAUUGAUAAUUAAA